AGAGGUACACGCAGUUCUCCAACCUGUGCCGGCACAAGCGCAUGCACGCCGACUGCCGCAUGCAGAUCAAGUGCGCCAAGUGCGGCCAGACGUUCAGCACGGUGACGACGCUCACCAAACACAAGCGCUUCUGCGACUCGACGGCGUCGCCCGCCGCCGCCGCCGCGGUCGCCGCCGCCGCCGCCUUCCAGUCCCCGCGUCGGCAGUCGCCCUCGGCGCCCAACGCCCCCCUGGCACAGAACGCGUCGUCGCUGGUCCCGCCGUCGGUGUCGGCCUCGGCUAGCGCCGCCGCCGCAGCCGCCCUGGCCAACUUCAUGUACCACCCGUACCCGCGCCACGCGGCCACGGGCCUCACCUUCUACCACCCUCUGGUGUACCCGCCACCGCUGUUUCCCGCGGCUGCCGCCAACCACGCGGCAGCGCUGCCCUUCGUGUUUCCCACACACGCCGCGCCGCAGCAGCACAAGCACGAGAGCGCGUCAGCAGCCGACCGCCCCGCGCCUGUGAAAGUGGAAUGGGGAGAGGAGAGAGGCGUUGGAGAGGAGGAGAAGGCGAGAGAUGGAAAGGAUGAAGAGGAGGAAAAGAUGAUGAGUUUAGAGAAAAUAGGGAAGAAUGGGAGAGGGGUAUGGGGGGAGAGGAGAGGGAGGAGGAGGGUAGAAGUGAAUACGGGCAAUUCGAAGGAAGAUGGUGAGAAAGGUUUAGGAGAGAGG